CUCUAUAGCAUGGUAGAUCACCUUUCGAUGAUGACGGAUGGAUUGCGUACUACCUAAUGCCUGGCAAGGAUAACAAGUCUAAGCUGUCGGCUGCAGCCCACUACCGGGCCUCAAAAGAGCUAUGGGAGGAUGCAGGAGCCGUUACCUCGAAACCCACUCAUGCUCACCGUGGCGCUGGGGCUCGCCAUGCCCAGGAUGCUGGUGCAGAGAUAUCUGCGAUCGAGCAACAUGGUAGUUGGGGUCAUGGCCGCGUCUCGACACAUUACUUGAUCAGAAUCCCGCACAAGGUUGCAUUCCAGAUGGCUGGCUGUACACACCCUAAUGAACGUCUAUGGCCGGCCCGGAACACUGUAAUACCACCACCUGAGCUUCAGCGGCAGGUUUUUCCGUUCAUCGAAGAUCACUUCAAGGAGCGUGAAGGACGCGAGGAUUGGCUGCAAUGGCUCGAAAACGUGAUGAUGGACAGAAACGUGUAUCAUAAGCGGCAGUCGACCAAGCGAAUGGCAAUCUCGUUCUCCGAUAUUCUUAAAAUCAGGAUGCUGCUACUUCUGGCCCACCUACGCAAAGUCGUCUUGCAGAAUGCCGUCGCACUUAUGAGCCUCCCCAAUGAGCCGUUCCUGUAUGGGGACCAUCGCAUCCUUCAGCACAGCGUCUUCAAAGGACCCUUGUUUUUGGAGUUCAAGGAAACCUUGCUAAGGAGUAUGGAAACCGCAAGAUCUCCCAUGACGGACAGUCUUUCCGUCAAUGCCCCAGCUCUCCAUAACGAAUUCAGCAGGAUGAACAACAGAAUGAGUCGAGCCGAAAGCGAACUUCGCCAUCCCUUUCAAGAAAGCAACAACCAGGCAGCCCAGCAAGUAAAGCGCCUCGAACACCUCCUUGUCAACCAGUUCAGCAGCUAUGUCACCCACAACAACAGCUGUAAUAAGGAGCUAGUAGCUCGGAUGUUUGGAAUUAUACAAGACAUAUCGACUUCGAUUAGUCACACUGCUCACCUUGGACUGCAGUCGAUUAUGGGGCAUCAGCAGCAGCCGGGGCAGCAGCAGGGGCAACAGAUUCCGCCUGUAGCACCAACAGCACCAGUAGCACCAGCAGCACCGGUAGCUCCAGCAGCCCCAGCAGCCCCAGCAGCUCCUAGACAGCAGUCCUUGAAGGAGAGACGGAUGGUGCUCGAAGAAGAAUUAGGGUCCCGGUAUGUACACUAUCCACCUAAUAGUGUGGAUCUCGUCGACGUUACAAUGCUGCCGCGCAAUGAACCACUUCAACGACAAUGGGAUGAAUGGUUCAGGGGCGUAGACGGGCGGCCAUCACUUUGGAUCUUGAAUAAGACGUUUAAAUCCAAAUGGCGCAAAGGGCAUGGUAACACGCUGGCGAAAACAUUCUCGUUCAAGAAGACAAUCGUGUACCCCAUCUUGGAUUUGGUACUGAACACCGAAGGGGCGACGUUGGAGGCAAGGGAGGAGUCAGCCUUGCAGGUCGUGGAGGAUCAACUGAGGGUCAUGACCUUGAACAGAUAUUACCUGAACGUCGCUAAGGGUAUGGGGCAGCUGGGGCAGCCAGGCCCGCAGCUGGAGGACGAGGAGGAGCAGGAGGAGAAUGCCUAGAGGAACACGCGACUUAAAACAUGAGAUAUACUAUUGCUAUAUUGCUAGAUUGCUAGAUAAUACUCCGCCAUACUUGAAAAGAAGUUAGCUGUUGCUACAUUGCUACAUUGCUACAUGGCUCAUUGCAUGCCCCCUCCCCCCUCCCACCGAAUGAACACUUCGUCAACGCCCUUUGCUUACCAUUCAUCAUUGCAAAAAAAGAGCCCUCGAACCCGCAGGCGGUUAUAUAUCAACCCUAACGAGCUGUGUACCUUCAGCCACUUUGAUACUUAGUAGUAUCAAGUGAUUUUUUGGUGAGAUACGUGUGGCUGAACCAUCAGGUCAAAAAUCAAAAAUUUAUUUCUGAUUUCUGACCCACCGAUACUGUUUGC